AUGUCUGAGGAUCAUGAAGGGGAUCCAGGUUCCGGACUAUGCAGGGUGUCUGUACUAUGCUGUCUCACACUGGCGUGUUCAUAUGUUGGCAGUUUGUACGUAUGGAAGAGCGACCUACCCAGAGACCACCCUGCGGUCAUCAAGAGGAGGUUUACCAGCGUACUGAUUGUAUCCACAUUGUCCCCUUUAUUCCUGUCAGUGUGGAAGGAGGUAACUGGCAUCAAGACAGAUGCAGCCUUGCUUUACCUUAUGGGUUUCCGUCUUGAAGGGAUUCUUUCAGCUACAGCAUUGCCUCUAUUACUGACCAUGAUAUUAUUCCUUGGCCCUCUUGUCCAACUCUCUAUGGAUUGCCCAUGGGACUUCCUUGAUGGCUUAAAAGUGGCAUUUGAUCCUAGGUUCUGGAUGCUCUGUGUAACUGACAUGCGGUGGCUACGUAACCAGGUGAUUGCCCCUCUAACAGAGGAAUUAGUAUUCAGGGCCUGCAUGCUUCCUAUGUUAGUACCAUGUACGAGCCCUGGGACCGCUAUCUUCACAUGUCCAUUGUUCUUUGGCAUUGCUCAUUUCCAUCAUGUUAUUGAGCAGCUAAGAUUUCGACAGGGUACUGUCGUGAACAUAUUUCUGUCAGCUGCAUUUCAGUUUUCAUAUACUGCAGUGUUUGGAGCCUACACAGCCUUUAUCUUCAUAAGGACAGGACAUAUUAUAGGGCCUGUACUUUGCCAUUCCUUCUGCAAUUACAUUGGAUUUCCAGCCAUAUUUACAGCUUUGGACCACCCACAACGCAUAACUAUUGUCAUUUUCUACAUUCUCGGAGUUGUACUUUUCUUUCUACUUCUGUAUCCCAUGACUGAUCCUGCUCUGUAUGGGGACAUUCCUAUCUGUUACUUAUUGGAGAAAGGAUCUGCAGACCACAGCUCUCUUUGUUCCUGACACCAACAGCUGCUAUUAUACUGACCACCUUGAAUGUUCUAUUAGUACUGGCGAAAGAUAAUUAUUAGUUUGGUCUUGCGGGUACGUCUGGUUAACACAUGUGGUCCACAAGUACUCCAGUUUUAAACGAGGCGACAACCUGAUCUGGUGCGGAAAUGAUUGGUUAAGCUUUGUUUAGAUGUCAUAUGAACUACUGAAUGUCAGCUUGAUGACCGGUUUUGUGCUGAGCCAUCUUUCAAUAAUUUUAAGAAACGGGAAUGUUUUGACAUAUCUACCAAAUUAACUCAGAGUGAUGGGUUGAAAGUUGGCCCAUCAUAUCAAGCUACAUUUUUAAAACCAGGUGCUCUCCAUAAGAUAUCAUAUAUAUUUUUGGAUGUAAAUGUAUUCCAUAAUGCUAUAUUUUUUUACAUAUUGAACCUAGUCAUAAACUAUUUUUAGCUUUAUUGAAGCAUGGGUAAAGAAGGAGUUCCUUAAAAAAAUAUUGAGAUGCUUGUACCCUCUGUGCCCCUCUUUCUCAUAAUGGUAGUUGGAGACCUGGUUUGUACAGCUGAACUUUUUUUUUUUUUGUAAUGAUGGAAGUUUUCAGAAAAAGUGAAUUAUUAUUAUUUUUAUGGAUCAUGUUGAAAAGCUGCUACAAGAUGUCUUAUUGCCAACUACAAGGGUUC